UCGUCAGAGAACCGAGCCGCGGCACCGCCAGCCGCCGUGCCGCAGUCAUAGUAGUAGUCACACGUCGGUUGCGUUCGCAACAUGUGACGGGCGUCCGGCUACAAAAACGAUUGUCGUAAAACGCGCGCGUGUUUGAUGAUGACAGGAAAAUGUGAAUCGGACCCUUCUUUUCCCGUUCCGACGUCCGAAUCCACUUCUAGCAGCGUCCACGACAACAACAACAACGCCGCCGCUGCCACCGUCGCCGUAUCCCCUGUGACGGCCACCGUGCAUCCCUUCAGCAAGAGGGAACCCAUCGUUACUAGUUCUUCUUUGGUGUUUUCACAAACUUCUAAUCAAAAGGAUGGUAAAAGGGCAAACAAACCACUAAUGGAGAAACGAAGACGAGCGAGGAUAAACCAGUCUUUAGCGCUAUUGAAAACUCUCAUUUUAGAUUCCACCAGGACCGAGAACACCAAACAUUCAAAAUUGGAAAAAGCUGACAUAUUGGAGCUUACUGUACGCCAUUUGCAACGACAGAAAGUCCUGAGCUCAGACGUAAGAAACAAAUAUCGGGCCGGCUUCCAAGAGUGCGCCAGAGAGGUUACCAGAUUUUUAGAGUGCCCCGAACUACACAUGUGUAGUACCGGUACGGGUACUCUACUCACGCCUGGCGCCACGGUGAUUGAACCGGCCGUCAAACAACGACUCUUAAGGCACUUGGACACCUGUUCGUCGGAAAUCGAUUUGGACUUUAGCAACUCCACGGUAGUCAUACCCGACGACAUGAUUGGCGGAGACGAUGAAUCAAACUGUAGCACCAACGACGGCAAAAACGAACGCGUCAAGUGCGAACCUCCCAAAAAACGCACCCGGAGCAAAUCCGUCGGCAUAGAAGAUAAGACGACCAUCGAUCGCAGCGGACUUACAGCCAGCGUAGUCGUAGCGCCGUCCAACGAUCCUACACAACCCUUGUCCGUCGUACAGGUGAUACCCUCACAACUGCCCGACGGUCAAGUCGUGUUCUUGUUGCCAAGUCACUACGUGCACUGUCAGCAAAACCAAGGAGGAGAAGGAAGACCCCAAGGCGAAGAGCCCAUCGACUUUAGCGUGAAAAGAGAACACGAACACGACAGCAUGUGGAGACCUUGGUAAAAUCGGGGGCGUUUUUUUUUUAAUAUUAAAUCACCUGAUAUCUUGUGUAAUAUUAGACUUUAUUUUGUAAACUUAUUGUUUUCCUUUUACUAUCUCUUGAAACAAUAACUUUUUAUUUUUUAUUUCCCCUGUCUGUGAUACAACUACUAUAAUAAAAUGUAUUAAUUUCAUAAUCAGUGAUGCACGAUUUUUUGACUGUCCGUCUGUAAAAACACACACAUUGAGUAGGUACAUAUAAUAAUAUCAAGUAUCAUUCACAGACCAAAAAAUUAUGUUCUCUAGACGUCGAUAAUUAUUAAUUAUAAUUAAAUUAAUAAUGAAUAAAUACCUCUUCAUAACGUUCAUUACGUUAAAUGUUAAUUUUGCUACUAUUAUAUAAUUAUUAUUUUUCUUAAAUAUUAAGUUUAGAACUUUUGUAGUUAUAAACAAACUUGACACUGUUUUCUUGUUGUUUAUCUUUUUUUACGACCAUUGUGCAAUAUACUAUA